AUGGAAGGUAAUACACCAUCCACUUCUACUGUCACAAGAGAAGAUGCUUGUGCUACUUUACUUUACCACAUUGCCAAGCACUUUAUUGGACAACCAAAGUUGUUCCAAGACAGGAGUCUCCAGAUCUUAAACAAUCUAAGUUGUCCAAAUUUAGACAAAUUCAUCCAUUAUGAACAUGCCUUUCUCAGUAAGGUCAUGAUUGGUCCAGAUUGCAAUUUGGAUUUCUGGAAAGAACGAUUCAUCAGUGGCUUGCCCCCUCUUUUUCAAGAUAAGGUAAGGACAAAAAUCCAAGAUCGCAAUAAUGGUAAUAUUCCCUAUGGCAAUCUUACUUAUGGUGAUUUUCUUAAGAAAGAACAAUCUUCAUCCAGAAAGGAACUUGGAAGUUACUGUAGAAAUUUUGGUUUUAUCACUCCACCAGAUAAAAUCAACAAAGACAAAAGAGAAAAAUCCCAUAGGAAGAAGUCGCGAAGAAGAUAUGAUUCUACCAGGCCAAAGAAAAUGAAAUCUAGGUCCAAGAGACCUAAUGAUGCCAAAGUAGAUGUAUGUUGGACUUGUGGCAAGACUGAUCAUAAAGCCAAUGAAUGUCGCUCCAAAACUAAGAAAAAGAAGAUUAACCUUCUUAAUAUCGAUGAAGAAACCAAAGGUAAACUUCUUGCUAUUCUUGAUGAACCUUUUUCUGAAUCUUCAGGUGCAUUUGAUGAAUACAGUGAUGACGAAGACAUUGAUCUUGAUUAUGAUUCAGACGCCAGUCAAUCAGGAAAAGAUUGCACUUGUACCGAAGCUUUCUGUACUUGUGAUAUUACACAUCAAAUUCGAGUACUUUCUGACCAUUCGAAAGAAGCUCUCUUUGAUGUCAUCCAACACAUUAAUGAUAAUGAGGAUAGGAACCAUACCCUUUCCGAACCAUCUAUUUCAGAUCUUCGUCACGAGGUAUCUAGUCUCCAAGAAGAUAUAAAAAAUAUUAAAUCUCGACUUUGUAUUGUCGAAACUGACAUUCUCACAAAUCAAGUUCCUAAAGGAGCUGCCUUCCAUGACCUCGAGUCUAACAAGGGUUCUUCUCAUGAAGACCUUGGUGAUAACAUUGGUAUUGACCUCUCCAAUAUCAAUAAUGAUCAUUCAGUUGAACCUUUUGUUACCAAUACAGGUAAUGACACUUCCUCCUCUGCAGCACCAGGAGUAACGGUAAUUUCUUCUAUUAGACCGCAGAGUCAUCAUAAACCUAUAAAAAUUGUAGUUAGUAAACAUUUUGUUAUUAACAAAAUUGCUUUGCUUGACAGUGGUGCAUAUAUGAAUUGCAUUGUAAAAGGUACUGUUCCAACCAAGUAUUUACAAAAAAGUACUUCAAAAUUAUACUCCGCUACAGGAGAACCUUUGAAAAUAAAUCAUAAGCUCUCUAAAGCUCAUAUUUGCAAUAAUGGCAUUUCUCUAACAAAUGAUUUUGUUAUUACUGAAAAUAUCAAUGAAGAUAUUAUUCUUGGAAUGCCUUUUAUCACACAGAUAAAACCUUAUUUUACUGACCUUGAUGGCAUUACUACUACUAUUCUUGGAAAAGAUUUACCCUUUCCUUUUGUUAAAACCCUAUCACAAGAUGAAAGUAAUUCUGUAAGAGAAAACACUGUUUUCAAAAUUAAUAACCUGUCCCAACAUAUCACCUUUUUAAAGGAUGAAAUUCGUGUUAAGAAAAUUGAACAGGUUUUAAAAAACCCAGAGAUAGUAACUAAGAUAGCUCAUCUCCAAGAAAAAUUUGAAAAAGAAAUAUGUUCUGAUUUUCCUAAUGCUUUUUGGGAACGUAAGAAACAUAUAGUUGAUUUACCAUACAUUGAAAGAUUCAAUGAACAGGAUAUUACCACUAAGGCAAGACCUAUUCAGAUGAAUCAUGAAACGAUGGAAUUUUAUAAAAAGGAGAUUGAUACUCUUUUCAAAAAUAAGAUUAUUAGGAUUUCUAAAUCCCCUUGGAGUUGCUCUGCUUUCUAUGUCAACAAAAACGCAGAGAAAGAAAGUGGAGCACCAAGACUUCUAAUCAAUUACAAGCCAUUAAAUUUUGUUUCAAAAUGGUUCAGGUACCCCAUACCUAACAAACGAGAUCUUUUAAAAAGAACUUUUAAAGCCAACAUUUACAGCAAAUUUGAUAUGAAAUCAGGAUUCUGGCAAAUUCUGAUUUCGGAAAAAGACAAGUAUAUAACUGCUUUCAAUGUCCCAUUCGGACAAUAUGAAUGGACUGUUAUGCCUUUUGGGCUCAAGAAUGCCCCUCCGGAAUUCCAGAAUAUCAUGAAUUCUAUAUUCAAUGAUUACUCUUAUAUGUCGAUUGUUUAUACUGAUGAUGUGUUAAUCUUUUCAGAGAACAUUGAUUCCCAUUUCAAACAUCUCAACAGUUUCUUCAAAGUUAUAAAAAAUAAUGGUCUAGUUGUCAGCGCCAAGAAAAUGGUAUUAUUCCAAACCACCAUUAGGUUUUUAGGCCAUGAUCUUUAUCAAGGCACUUAUAAACCUAUUUGCAGAGCCAUUGAGUUCUCUUCUAAAUUCCCAAAUGAGAUCCCUGACAAGACCCAGCUUCAGAGGUUUCUAGGAAGCCUGAAUUAUGUAGCUGAUUUUAUUCCAAAAGUCAGACAAACUUGUGAACCAUUGUAUAAGAGACUUAGGAAAAACCCAGUUCCCUGGAGUACUGAACAAACUGAAGCUGUCAUCCAAGUCAAAGCUCUUGUACAAACUAUUCCAUGUUUAGGGAUCCCUAAUCCAGAUGCUUUUAUGAUUGUUGAAACUGUCCUAUGGAGGAAUUCUUAA